AUUUGUUCAAAGCAAAUAUAGAUAGAUAAUUCACUGUAUAUAAGAGCUGGUGUUUCUCUUGUUCAUCACCUCCACACAGGAACACUGAAGCUGACACUGAGAAGAAAGAAGAUAAUCCUGCAGAAGAUCAUUUUUACCAUUUGCAUCAUCUCAACCAUGAAGGUGCUGAUUGUGUCUCUACUGGUCUGUGCCAUGAUGGCUCUGACCAGAGCUGCUGCUGUUCCAGAAGCAGAGCCGGGUAAGAAGACAGGACCACUCGUUCAGGAAGGGAAAAGUCACAUCGUCGAGCGGUCUUUAUUUUGUCCCAGAGGUUGGACUGGCUACAAAGGUCGCUGUUUCCUCUACGUUCCAACAGCCAUGACCUGGGCUAAAGCUGAGAGAAACUGUCAGUCCCAGGGUGGGAACCUUGCAUCAGUGCAUAACAUACAGGAAUACCAUGAGAUUCAGAGGCUGAUAGUGAAAUCCAGUUAUGAGUAUAAAGAAGCAUGGAUCGGAGGCUCUGAUGCCCAAGAGGAGGGUACUUGGAUGUGGAGCGAUGGUUCACGUUUCAUCUACCAGAACUGGUGUCCUACACACCCCGACAACAUGCAUGGCAUUCAGCACUGUUUACAAAUGAAUUUUGGAGAUGAAAAAUGCUGGGAUGAUUGCGAGUGUAGUCACCUUCACCCAUUUGUCUGCAGCAAAAAAAUCUGAUGAUUCCUGGGCUGACACAGAGGCAUCAAGUACCUGUUGAGAGCACAAACACAGUCGUUUUUGCAUCAUCAGUCUCAUAAAUAUAACCUAAAGGCUCUAUAUCUCAUUUCAUAUCUCUAUCUUUUCUAUCGCUGUAACGCUA